UUCUUUAUAGUUUGUCCUCUUCUUUCAACAUGCCAUUAUAAAUAAACUAAAGCUAUCCAAACACUCUCGUACCAAAACCAUACUCUUUAUUCCUCCUUUUUCUCCAUCUCUUCGCUUUUAUUUUCUACACUUUAUCUUUACAAAUUAUAAAAGAAAAAAAAAAGAAUUCACAAUAUAAUGGGAUCAAAUAUCAAUAUCAUAGUUGAGAGAAAUCCUUCAGAAGCUCGUUUAUAUGAACUGGGCAUCAAGUCUUGGCCAAAAUGGGGUUGCCCACCAGGAAGAAUAACAUUGAAAUAUGAUGCGACAGAAACGUGUUAUUUUUUGAAAGGAAAAGUGAAAGCAUACCCAAAAGGAUCAACAAAUAAUGAUGGAGUUGAGUUUGGUGCUGGAGAUGUUGUGAUUUUCCCCAAAGGACUUAGUUGCGUAUGGGAUGUUUCUAUUUCAGUCGAUAAAUAUUACAAGUUUGAUCCUCCUUCAUAAUUCAUAAUAAUUAUUAUCUUUUUUUUUUUCUUUCAAGUAUGUUUUAUUUUGAUAAACUACAACUUCGAUUUCCUUCAUAGUUCUUAUAAUUAGUAGGGCUACUACAUUAAUUAAGUACUAUUUUUAUAUGAUUUCCAAGAUUGUUGGAAUAUUGAAAAAUAACAAGUAUUAAUUUUUUUUUUGUGUUUUUAUAACUCGCUCAUUUGAACGAAAUAAUGAGAUUGUCCUUUAAUUUUACAAUUAUUAUAUAGUGUUAUGGAUUAUAAUUGUAUUAAUUAUUAAUAUAGGAAAAUGUUACUUUCUUGAUUUCUUUUUUUUUUUUCCUAUAUAUCACGACUUGGUACUUUUCACGUACCAAUAAAAAUUGAAAGCUUGCAAAUUAAAGGUUUAUUUUCCUCCUUUUUAACUCCACUAAAAUUGAAUAAAUAGAAAAUAAAAAAAAAAUAAGGAUUGGCCUUUACUCCACUAAAAUUGAAUAAUUGAUAGAACGGACGAAGCUAAUACUAUUUUACAUUUUGGUAAAUUGUUCCAUAAAUUUUUUAUCGAUGGAUGGAUAAAGAUAGAGUCUGCAAGAAUUUUAUUCAUAAGAAGGAAUCAGAAUAAUCUAUGUGAAUCUUUAAGGUGUUGUAUCAAUUUCCGAUGGCCUUCUAACAUAACUGGUAGACGUAUAAUCUUACCAUCUACAUAUCCCGGGAGUUUGCGGUUUAUGACUGAAAUAUAUCAGGAUUUUAUGGGUAUAUGCGAGACAUAUGGGUAUCCAGAUGUAUCUAUUACAUUUACGUGUAAUUUAAAGUGGCCUGAGAUUACCCGUUUUGUCAAUUCUAGAGGUUUGCGUUUAGAAGAUCGGCCAGAUAUACGGUCUCGAGUUUUUAAAAUGAAGUUGGACAAUAUGGUUAAGGAUCUGAAGAGAGAAAAUUUGUUUGGAAGAGUACUUACAUUGGUAUAUAGUAUUGAAUUCCAAAAAGGAGAACUUCCACAUGCACAUAUAGUACUGUUCUUGCACCGCGAUGAUAAGAUUUCUAAUCCAGUUGAUAUCGACAAAUUUAUCUCCGUCGAGAUGCUUGACAAGGAGGAGAACCCUCAUUGUAUGCAUUGGUGACAGAUUUAAUAAUACAUGACUCAUGCGGAUCGUUAAACCCAAAAUCAUCUUGCAUGCGUGAUGGAAUGUGUUCAAAACACAUUCCUAAAAGGUUUAAUGAAGAACCAUUUGUCGAUAGAGAUGGUUAUCACUGUUACUAGAGGUUAGAUAAUGUUGUAACUAUAAUCAAGAGUGGUAUUGAAGUGGACAACAGAUAUGUUGUCCCGUACAAUCCAUCUUUACUUUUGAAAUACAAUGCACAUAUAAAUAUCGAAUGGUGUAACCAAUCUCGCACAAUCUAAUAUCUCUUCAAGUACAUCAACAACGGACAAGACAAAACUACAGCAGGUUUAUCUAGAGCACGGAGAGAAAAUGAAGGCGAUGAAGGCGUUGAUGAAAGUCAUGAAUACUAUAAUUGUAGAUAUGUGUCCGCAAGUAAAGCUUCUUGGUGCAUCUUAGGAUUUGAGAUUCAUCAUCGGACUCCAUCAGUGGAGAGGCUUAGUUUUCACUUGCCAGGUGAACAUACUGUUAUGUUCAAUGAUGAUGACACAAUUGAUGAUGUAAUGUCAAGGCCGUUGAAUGAGAGAUCAAUGUUCAUGGCUUAGAUGGAGUGUAACAAACAAUACGAUGAUGCUCAAAAUCUUCUAUAUAGUGAAUUCCCAGGAAGUUACGUAUGGCAGAGAAAAGAAAAAGUAAGGACUUCGUGUAAAAGAGGAUUCUGAAUAGGAAGAUUGUAUGAUGUUGCACCAGGUUGCGAUGAACGUUAUUAUCUGAGAACACUUCUUAACUUUGUCAAGGGCCUGACAUCAUAUGAAGAUAUUAGAACUUUUGAUGGCAUUAUUCAUCCUACAUUUAAGGAUGCUUGCUAUUCCAUGGGCCUGCUUGAUGACGAUAAGGAAUACAUUGAUGGAAUCACCUAAGCAACUUUUUGGUGAUCGACAAUCUAUUUGAGGAACAUAUUUACAAUGUCGUUGAUGUCCUGUAGUGUAUCAAGGCCAGAAUAUGUGUGGGAUAACACAAGGAAUUUGUUGUCUGAAGAUGUGUUAAAUAAACAGAGAAGUUCAUUACAAAUGCCAAGUAAUAGAUAUUCACCAUCUUUUUAUCAAUAUUAUUUAUUUAAAAUAUAAAAUUGUAUUAUAGAUAAUAUAUCAAAUUUAUACACUUAUAUGAUAGAUUUGAACCUCACAAAUGAUCAAUUGAAGUGUUAUGUCGUAAGUGAUAUUGAGGAUAUUCUGAAAAAGAAUGGAAGCUCUUUAAUGAAUAUAUGUCUUAAGAUGUGUCCAAUAAUAUUUUCGUCAAAGAUGGUCAGAAUAAGCUAAUCUUAGAGGAGCUUAAUUAUGACAAGGAUUCCUUGAAACUUGAAUUGCUUGAAUUACUUCCAAUGAUGACUGAAGAGCACACCUUGAUAUAUGAUGAAAUUACCAGAGCCAUUGAAAGCGGUAAAGGAAGUGAAUUUUUUCUGUAUGGACAGGGUGGAACUGGUAAGACAUUUAUGUGGAGGAUAUUAUGUGCAUGUUUAAGAUCAAAAGGUGAAAUUGUUCUUCCUGUUGCAUCAAGUGGCAUAGCAUCUUUGUUAUUACCAAAGGGGAGGACUGAACAUUCAAGAUUUGGAAUACCUCUUACUAAAACUGAAGAUUCAUUGUGUAGAGGCAUAGAACCUAACAGUCAAUCGGAAGGCCUACUUAAAAGAACCAAACCUAUAAAUUGGGAUGAAGCUCCAAUGACUCACAAGCAUUGUUUUGAAAACUUAGACGGGAGUUUGCGCGAUGCCAUUCGUUGUCCCAACGGUAAUCCCUUUGACUUAAGCUUUAGAGCAAGGUUAUUGUGUUUGGUGGUUAUUUUAGGCAAGUUUUGCCGAUUAUCUCAAAGGGUAUAAGACAUGAUAUUGUCUUCGUGGCACUUAAGUUUCAAAGGUUUGGAAUGACUGCAAGGUAUUACGUCUUACAAAGGACAUGAGAUUGCGACCAGGAUUGGCCAAUGUUAAUGAGCUACAAGAUUUUGCAGAAUGGAUUCUCAAAUUUGGGGAUGGAAAGCUUGCAGGACCCAACGAUGGAGAGGCUAUUAUCGACAUACCUGAAGAUCUAUUGAUAAAGGAUGCAUAUGAUCCAAUGAAUGCAAUUGUCGAUUCAACUUAUCCUGGAAUUCGUGAGGGAUCAAUUGAUAGUUCAUACUUUUAUGAUAGGGCAAUACUAGCACCAACAAAUGAAAUUGUUGAUAAAGUCAACGAACAUGUAUUAUGACUUUUUUCAGGAGAAGAGAGGUUCUACUUGAGUUCAGAUUCAAUUUCAAAAUCUAACAGUAACUAUGGUAACAACAACGAUGCAUUUUCAAUUGAGUUUCUCAACUCAAUACGUGCAUCUGAAGUUCCU